GUAGGUAUGGAAUGGAGGAAAUGCUUUGUUAACAGUUUCCAUUUAAAUUAUAAAGUCAAUUAAAUGUGACCGUAUGAUUAAAAGACGAUUAUGUGACAAGACCCUUUGGGUUCGCUUGUGAAUAUUUGUGAUAAGAUUUGUUUAGUGUUAUCUAAAUUAAGUGUUUUUGUGACUUUAUUUUGACAACGGAUCCAAUAUCCAACAUAUCGAUAAAUCGAGGCCAGCCAAACAGAAGACUGAUUUUUUAUGCUAUGUAGCACAUAGUCUAAGAGGAAUUUAGCACAUUCCAUUUGUAGCAUGCACCAGUGACGCCAUCUUGUUAUAGCCGCCAUUACGCAUUCGCUGCAGCUGUAGUAUAAACAAUAUGGCGUCGGCGCCCAUCCGCUCCGUGGUGGAGGAGGGAGACGCGGAGGAGAAAUUGUUGGCGGAGAAUAAAGUGUUGGUUGUGCCAAAUACAGCUGCUGCCAAAGAGGAGAAUUUCCUCCUGUCCAUUAAGUCUUCUAAGAAAGUGAAGUUACCCGAAGAUGAGAGCGGUGUGGGCGGCCGAUUCACAAUCGGGCCCGCCCCAGAACGCGACUGGGAGAUGGUCCCGCCCGACGGCAAGUGGGGAUGGUGCGUGCUCGUAGGUGCGACUCUAGUGAAUAUCCUUAUACCGGGCACAAUCAAGUCCUUCGGAGUUCUGUUGGUGGAGUUUAACGACGUGUUCCAUACGAGUGCGUCAGCGGCGUCCGGCAUCGUGGCUCUAUGCUAUUUCCUAUACAGCAGUCUUGGUCCAUUAUCUUCGAUAUUGUCAGUGAAAUGGUCGUAUCGGACGGUGACCCUAAUAGGGGGCAGCUUUGCCGCCUUUGGAAUGAUAUUUAGCAGUUGUGCCUUCUCUAUAACGUAUUUAUACUUUAGUUUCGGAGCUAUGGUGGGCACCGGCGCCGGUCUAGCGUUCCCCCCCACCGUGUACAUAGUGACGUCAUACUUCGUCCGCCUGCGAGGGUUGGCCAACGGCAUAUGUAUGUCUGGUUCCGCGUUCGGUAGCAUCAUUCUACCGCCGGUGCUGAGAUACUUGCUUGAGACGUAUGGAUACAAAGGGGCAGUGCUUAUAUUGGGCGGUAUAAUGCUGAACGUAUGGGCCGCCGCUUUGCUGUUCCAACCCGUAGAAGAACACAUGGUGAAGAAGUAUAAAGAACCAGAGGAAGACGAAGAGGGACCUCAGGACGACAUAUUGUUCGAAGAGGAGGAACCAAUCGCUACAAUUCAAGAAGAGUUACCGCAAAUAGUGUUGCCAAGCAACGGCUCAAAAGAGCUACAGAAAGAUUUGUCACAAAGCCAAAUUAAUAACAGUCAGAAUUGCAUGCCAUCUCUGGCGUCACAGAACCAAUUGAGACACAACAUGUCCAAAAAGAAAUUGGCGAGACCAAUGUCCAAAGCCAAUAACAGUUCUGCUUCCAUAGCUCACGAUAUCAAAAGAUUAGGUUCUCAAGAGACAUUUGGCAGGAGACUCAGUGUCGCCGGCCCCAAAAGAAAUAUGUCUACUUCCAGCUUUGCUUACGUUUCAACGCCUUUCCACGGCUCAACACUUUCAGCUUUCGAGCAGCCAAACGAAUUCGCUUCCCAAUUCUCUUUGAAAUCCAUGACUGAAAGUGUAGCUGAUGUAGCGUACUGCUGUUUUUGCUGCAAAAGGCGUAAAAGCAAAGAGCCUAACAAAUUCUUUGAUUUGAGUCUCCUCGCUGAUCCCUCUUAUCUUGUCAUCCUUAUAUCUUCCAGUACAGUCGCUAUAUCUUGUACUAAUUUUAUCAUUUUACUACCCUCCCACGCGCAAAACAUAGGUUUCGAUAAGGCUCAAGGCGCUUAUUUGCUCAGUACCGUCUCAGCUCUCGACCUGGUAGGACGCAUAGGAGGUUCCGCUCUCUGCGAUUUGAAUUUGAUUCCGAAGAGUUUUUAUUUCGUUGGCGGUUUGCUUUUCUCGGGAGUGGCUUUGGUUGUGAUGCCUUUCCUGAAGUCCUACGUCACUAUAAGCGUUUGUUGCGCUUUCUUCGGUUUGGCUUCCGGCGUCAACAACAGUGUUACCACUCUUGUAAUGGCUGAAGUUUUGGGCGUGGAAAGACUCAUGUCCACUUAUGGGAUCAGCUUGUUCGUAAACGGUAUUUUGCAGUUGAUAGGACCCCCAAUUUGUGGUAUCUGGUUCGAGAUAGCGCACAAUUACACGAAUAUGUUUAUAACAUUCGGUUUUAUAUUCAUCGGUGGCGCGUCCUUGUGGAUUCUUAUGCCGUUCAUCAAUAAGCGAAAGAAGAAAGUAGAUGCUGAUUUAGUUGAAUAAUUCAUUCGUUCUUCAUUCAUUCAUUAGUUCCUUUUCAUUACGGAUUCCAAAGAUUAUGAAAUGUAUUGGACUUUAACCUUUCUCUUUUUUUUUGUAAGGGUCGAGUGGGGGAAACUGUAACUUAAGGAAUGUCUCUGCCCUUUUCUAGCUUAUCUAUGGUCUAUCUUGACAUGUUUCUAUUAGUUUUUAAGCCGUCACUUUAAGCAGCUGUCAUCGCACGUCAUAUAGCCGGGUAUGAUACAAAAAUAUUCCUUGUGCCCCCUUGUUACAUUUGCCUCCCCCCCCCC